UACAGCAGCUACGCUUAUCGAGAAGGCAUUCGAUAUAUUUUCACUCUACCCGGGAAUGGGGCGUAUGCGUUGCUACGAUACGUAUCACAUAUAAGACCAGAGAAAAGUUAAACUAGUUUUCGGGAUUUUUCAAGCGGACGGGUAUAAAGGAGAAAUUCAAUGUCUAUCGAUCCGUCAUUAGUCCUCGAGCUCUCGUGGUGAUCUCAUUCCUAUAAUAUUGAAAGGUGUUGGAAAAACAGGGGUCGGUUAAUAGACCGUAAGAUCGUAGCAAGAUCUUCGAUCGUGAAUCGAUAAGAUCGAUCGAUCGAACAUCAAGGUGUUCUCGUGUUAAUCGACAGAUUAAUUUACUGUGGCACGUUACGACCAUGGGAUUAUUGAUUCUCUUAUUGUUAUGUCCGAUCGUUUUCGGGCAAACUCAUCAAAAGAACAACGACCCGAACGACGAGCCCUUCUUGCCAAUAUUUCCAAUAUACCCUUACAACCCAAAGUUAAUAAAAAGAGGAAUUGACAAAGAAACGGAAACACAAUUGACAGCUGAAUUAUACGCUCCGAAAGUAGAUGCAAAAGAUUCUUACACACCCAAUUAUAGUACUAAUUAUCAAAAGGAUCCCUAUUAUCCUAAUUACGAUCCUUAUCCGAAAACCUUCUCGUCCUCUUCGACGUCUUAUUCUCCUUAUUACAGUAAUAAUCCUCAGGCAACAACUCCUUCGUAUUCGACUUUACCUUACAACAUUUACAAUACUUAUACAAAUCCUUACGUUUCUACUACGUCGCAUUCUUCAAUCCCAUCAACGGCUUAUUCUACUUCGUCUUAUUCCACUACUGCUUAUCCUUCGCCUUAUCCUUCUAACUCAUAUACCGGAGCAUCUUACCAACUUCCGCCGUAUAUACCUGUUUCAAAUUACUAUUACCAACAGCCUUAUUAUUAUCCCUCUUAUUACGCUCCGGCUCUUUUCCCACCCCCACCACCACCUCCACCCUAUCCACAUCCCGACUAUUCUAAAGAUUCAGAUUCGGAUAGCAAGGAAAAUUACGAGAAGGAUUCAAGGAAAAGUCAGAAGCCCAAAAAGGAUGAUAAAAAUCAGGACACUUCCGACGAUCAAUACACGAACGAUGGAAACUAUAUUUCCUCGAAUUCGAACGAUCUCGACAGUCAAUCGAGUAGUUACAAAGUGGCCAAUUCGUACAAUCAAUUGGAACAAACGAACGAACCUCGUGAAAAGUCAUCCGGAUCUGGGACGUAUAAAGUCAUUAAUAUUAGGACACAACCGAGCGACACCGAAUAUUCGAUAGCAGCGACUUACGCGAAAACUCAACAAUUGGAACAACUGAUGAGACAAACUUUAGCGAAGUUGUUGGCCGAAAACGCAGCUCGGCAGGUUAUUCGAUAUCCCACGUACGAUAAUAAACAAAAUCAUUUGAUCAAGGCCAAUGAGGUGUCUUAUGGGAAUUUAAACAAUUACGAUAACAAUAAUGCACAGAAUUUUGUUUCUGGUACUAAUACAAUCGCGAAGACUGGCUUGAAUUAUGUCAUUAAUCCAAAUACUUUUGGAAACUUUAAUUCUGGAUCAAUCGUCCCUCGUCAAGUCCUUGAAACGUCAACCACUUUAUCUAGAAGUGCUAAAUAUCCAGACGAUCAAUAUCUUCGUAAACCAAUAACGUUAGUGUCUUUACAACAAUCCCAAGGAACGUAUAUACCACCAAACAAAUCCAUUAAAUCAUCAACUCAAUCGUCUAAUUACGAUAAUUACGAGAACGAGGGUACUCGAACUAAUCAAAAUUACGAUAGUUCUUUGGACGAUACCGAAGGAAAGCAGGAAGAAGGAUAUAGUCAAGGUCAAACAGCAUCAGCUUACAAAACUCAAAAUUUCGUUACCGUACAAACGCCACAAGCUUACAGUUAUCAGUAUGCGAGUUAUCAUCCUCAACAAACUACUAAUCAACAGGGAACUCAGGUAUACGACGAUAACACCAGCGACGUAGAAUUUGGAGCGAAGCAAAGUAAUAAAGGAUAAAUAUUGUUUAUCUAGAAUUUAAUGAGGAUAUUAGAUCGGAGCUUUUUGAUUUAUAAGAUAGUUGACAAGGGAGUACAAAGAAAAAUGGUGCUAUUAUUUAUUUCGACAUAUUGAAUGGAACUUGUUUAAUUCGGACUAGGGUUAGAACGAAAAAAACUCUUAUCGGAAAGGAUUUUGCAAUUGAGUAAAAACAAAGUAAUUCCGAGUGCUUAUACGAUAUCAUACGAUAUUUAACUUUCUCUGUUGA